UAUAUAUAUGCAUCAACUUAUGCUCUCGGGAAUGAAUUAUGGCAUUGUCUUUUAUUAGGGCUAAGGCAUUACUGCACGGAAAUUUGCACUUGCGUUUUCUCGCCAACGUAUCGACCAUGAAGACGGGAUUAGUAUUGGGUGUAUACGAAACAGAGAACGAGGACAACGUCGUGCUCACUCCUACAGCGGCCAAGUACAAUGAGCUGGUCAAUGGCAAACUGCUGAAAAACAUCUUGUUAGCAGGACCAAAGAUCCCUAAAGGUCAUACUAGAGUGUUUUGGGGUUUGGAUGAAACAGAUUACACCGGAGUUGCAGUAGUUGGAUUAGGGAAGCAAGGUCUUGGCAUUAACAAACUUGAGGAAAUCCAUGAAGGAAAGGAAAAUGUACGUGCUGCUGCAGCAGCGGGAUGCCGUGCAUUGGACGAUGUUGAGAUUAAGGAUAUCAAAUUAGAAACACUAGGAGAUGCGCAAGCCGCCGCCGAGGGAGCUGGUCUGUCCACAUGGCUUUAUCAAGGAUAUAAGAAUGAAGAGAAGAAAAAGAAAUUACCAAAGAUUUCGCUUUACGGAGAAGGAGAAGAAGCAGAAAGGGAAUGGCGAGAGGGUCUUAUCAAAGCCAAGGCACAGAAUUGGGCUCGCGAGCUCGCGGACACUCCUGCGAACCUGAUGACACCUACGAUAUUUUCGCAACGGGUCUUUGAGGUCCUAACAAAUCUCGGAAUCGAUGUUCAAGUACACGACAAAAGUUGGGCCCAGCAAAAAAUGGGCUCAUUUCUCAGCGUUUCGCGCGGUAGCGUCGAAGAGCCCAAGUUUCUCGAGAUCAAUUACAAAGGCGCCGACGAAAAUGAAUCACCAGUGGUACUCGUUGGCAAGGGAGUCACUUUCGAUGCUGGUGGUAUCAGUCUUAAACCGUCAUCGGAGAUGGACGAAAUGCGUGCUGAUAUGAGUGGCGCCGCUUGCGUGGCCGCCACCAUUCGAGCCACGGCGGAGCUCAAAUUGAAGAAAAAUAUCAUCGGAUUAAUCCCACUUACGGAAAAUUUACCGUCUGGACAUGCUACAAAGCCGGGAGAUCUAGUACAGGCGAUGAAUGGAAAAACUAUCAUCGUGGAUAAUACUGAUGCGGAAGGCAGGCUGAUUCUCGCAGAUGCGCUGUGUUAUGCACAGCAAUUUAAUCCAAGAUUGAUCUUGGAUAUUGCUACAUUGACUGGUGCCAUGAGAGUUGCCUUGUCAAACUCCGCGACUGGAGUGUUUACCAAUAAUAGCCAUUUUUAUGAAGCUCUGAGAGCUGCUGGCACGAUAACCGGUGAUCGAGUAUGGAGAUUUCCGUUAUGGCAGCAUUUCACGGAUGAAGUGAUAAAAAAAGUCAAGGGUGCUGAUAUAAAUAACAUUGCGAAGUGCAAAGGCGGUGGCUCUUGCACAGCUGCUGCCUUCUUGAGAGAGUUUGUCGCUAAGGAUACGCCAUGGAUGCAUCUGGACAUAGCUGGUGUUAUGGGUCCUGCCCAUGACGAAUUGCCAUAUAUCCCGGCUGGAAUGACCGGACGUCCGACACGUACGCUUAUACAAUUCCUACAGGUUAUACGAUUUGUAGAUGUCUGUUAAACGAUCUGCAGAUGGUCAUCUUAUCUAACUCGCACAUCAAACGGGUUCUUGUAAUUUUCUAUACAUAUAUGUAAAACACAGAAGGAUAUGUAUAUAGAGAUAUACAUACAUAUAGGGGAAUUGCGCUUAAUAUGGAGAGGAUUAAUUAGAUGAUCAAUUCAAUCAAACUUCAAAUGAUAAUAUACAAUACAACGAUAAAAAGCAUACAUAAUUUAACAUAGGCCAGUAACAGCAUUUUUAAUGUCUUAUUAUAUAAUAAUUCAUAAAUCAGGUUCCAAGAUUAAAGAUAAUACAAACUGGAUAAUACAAAACAUAUAUAUUUUAAGGCUUGAUUCUCUCACAGCCUGACAUGUUUAAUCAUGCGAUCAUACGAUCUCCAGAAUUAAAAUCUUUAUACCUCACCAUAUUAGGCAGUACCUACAUUUUUUAAGUUACCAGUUCUUGUAUGAUUAAAAUAUAUAACCCGUAAAAAUAAUGUAUACAUGUGGUAAAAGGAUGUCUGAAAUAGAAUGCUUAACAACAUUUAGAUGUGAAAACUGCUCAUCUUAUUUCAACAUAAUCUUCACAUUUCUCGAAGACAUUUCCAGAUACAUCCUGUAAUAUGAAAUUUAAUUAUAUAAUAAUUACAUAUUCAUUGCAUUUAACACAUAAGAGUGUGAAAAAUUUGUCAUCAAAUUAUUUCUAUCAGUAAACCUAGCAUCAAACUUUUCAAUCCGGUUGAUCCGUAUCCAUUUUCCAAAAAAAA